UGGUAGGACUGCUUGGGGGGGAAAACGAAAAUCUCAGUCAAUUCCUGGUUAACACGCGCCAUUGAUAAUGUCGAUCUUCUUCUCCUCCACAGAGAUUCCGCCAUGGCUUCCUCUCCUUCUUCUUCCUCCUCUGCUUCUCCUCUUCGCUAAACUUCUUCGCUCUCCCAAGAAUCUCCCUCCAUGUCCACCGACCCUGCCUUUCAUCGGAAACCUCCACCAGCUCGGAAAUCUCCCCCACCGCGGCCUCCGAGAUCUCUCCCGGAGAUUCGGCCCCGUCAUCACGGUCUUCCUCGGAAGCGUACGGACGGUAGUGGUUCACUCGCCGGAGACGGCGGCAGAGGUUCUGAAGAUCCACGACAUCGAUUGCUGUACUCGCCCCAAAUUGUCCGUCUCGAAGAUCUUCUUCUACGACGGAUUGGAUCUUGGGUUUACGCAGUGGAGCGAUUACUACAGAGAUGUGCGUAAGCUCUGCGUUCUCGAGCUGUUCAGCGUUAAACGAGCCAAUUCGUUCGGGUACGUGAGGACGGAGGAGCUGAGUCGACUCGUCGACUCGCUCUCCGAGUCGGCGGACUCGGGAUCUCAGGUGGAUCUGAGCGAGAUGCUGAUCAAGUACGUCGCGAACUUCACGUGUAGAGUGGCGUUCGGAAUGAGCUUCAGCGGCAGCGGAAUCGACAAUGAGAGGUUCCUGGAGGUGUUCACGGAGGCGAACAGGGUGCUCGGAAAAUUCGCGGCGGAGGACAUUUUCCCGGUGGUCGGAUGGAUAGUGGAUCGAAUCACUGGGCUCGACGCCACUCGGAAGAAGAGCUUUCACGAUCUCGACGCGUUUUUUCAGCAGACCAUUGAUGAUCACCGGAAGAACAGGAAGAGCGAGGAAGGGCGAGAGGAUCUAAUCGACGUGCUCCUCAAGUUACAGAAGCAAGACACGAAGCUCGGAUCGAAACUGAUCACUGAUAAGCACAUCAAAGCCAUUCUUAUGGACAUAUUCUUGGCCGGGACAGACACUUCCUCGAUCACCAUAGAUUGGGCGAUGGCGGAGCUCGUGAGACACCCGCGAGUCCUGAAGAAGGUACAGGCCGAGAUCCGAGAACGCGCAGGAGAUAAAGGAGCGGUAACAUACGAAGACCUCGGGGGUCUCGAAUACAUGAGAAUGGUCAUCAAGGAGACAUGGAGGUUACAUGCCCCAUCCGUGAUUCUGAUACCAAGAGAAGCAAUGUCCAAGUUCCAGAUCAACGGCUACGACAUCUACCCGGGAACUCGGGUCCACGUCAACGUCUGGGCGAUUGGACGUAGCCCGGAUGUUUGGAAGGAGGAUCCGGACGAGUUUAUCCCCGAGAGAUUUGUCGGUAGGGACAUCGACACUAAAGGGACAGACUUUGAACUCCUGCCAUUCGGAAGCGGACGCAGAGGCUGUCCUGCGAUGUAUAUGGGGCAAACGACGGUGGAAUAUACGCUCGCGAACCUUUUGUACCGUUUCAAUUGGGAACUGCCGAAAGGGAUGAAACCGGGAGAUGUGAGCGUUGAAGAAGCACCUGGUCUCACCAUCCACAGAAGGGACCCUCUCGAGCUUAUCCCUGUCAAGUAUCAAAGCUCUUUGAGAGAGGUUAUCAAGGAAUAUUAGAUGAAUCAUUUCUAUUUAAAAUAAAUUUGGUAUAUUUUUUUCGUUGUUAAUUCGAAAAGUUCAUCGGAUUUUCGACCAAAUUGCAUUUCCCUUAAACCGAGGAGAUUGGUCGGAUAAUUACCACUUAAGAUGACCUCCUCCCCACACAGGUGCUCGAACCUGGAUUGUCGGGACUGAGUUUUUCUCUAUUCCUUACCAUUUGAGCCGUCGAUCGGAUAAAUUUUGUAUAAUUUCAAAAUAUAUAAAUACUAUUUGUGUUUGAUA